AUGUGUCCUGGCCCGAGGCAUAUCCAACUUCCACUGGAAUGGCAUCCUGUGCCUUUCUUUGGAACAAAAGACGAGGGGCAUGUUCCGCACUGGCUAGAUCCCAGUGCCCAUACAUGUUCCAAGAAGGCCAGGAAGAGCUGGUUAGCAUCAGAGCGGGAAGACACGAUCUUCACUCCGGUCCGUCUCCUUCAGGAGAUUCAAAGGGACAUUGCUGUUCGGCAUAUCCCGCCCCCGGCCCCGCCUCCCAAUCCCCUCAAGCAUGGUCACCAGAUCCCCUCGCGUAUCGAGCUGGGUCUCAAACUGCGGCUUUCCUACCGCUUUCCUCGUGCACUCAGUAUUCCUGAAAGCAGCUACAGUAGCCAUGAAGACACUUUUUGGAAGGUACGGAGAGGUACAGAAUUUGAGAAGCGGGUGCAUAUCCCGGAAGCUUUAUUCAAUCACCGUUCGGUCCAUCUAUCUAGAGUCUUGAAUGUGAAGGGUAGGGUCAUUGUCCCGGUAGUCCUUGUCCAUAACAGAUGGGCAGGGCCGAUCCGUCCAAUGGCCGAAAUGACGUGGUUGAGGCCAAUGGCACACAGAGCGGAAUGCGUUUCCGUUACUGAUGGACAGAAUGCUCGUGGGGGCUAGUCAAGGUGAAGGCAUCUUCAGUGAAAUUACAAUAGGCGAUAGUGAUUCGCAAAGGCAGGUCCAUGUCGUACGGCCAUUACUGGGAGACACGAUCGUAUAUCCUCCCACAUUCGAGAUGUCCUUCCUCGUACGAGCAUGAAGCGAGUCGAAAAGUCAAUAUUAUCAAUGUCGAACACUUUUGAUGAAACAAAUUCUGUACAUUUAUCAAAUGAAUCUAUCUACGGUAUGACCUAUCUAUCU